AUGAAGAAAGUUAAGAAGGCCAUCGAGCUGUCUGCCCGGGACAAGAUACAUGUCAAAGGUUUACGCGGUACUCUAGGAUCAAACUUGUAUGAGCUUGCUAAGAAAAUCGAGGUCAAGGAUAAAAAGUCGGGUUACUUUUAUUAUCUUUGCAAAAAUUCAAUUAUAGACUUAACCAAUACAAAGCGAGGAAGUCAAAUUGACUUGCUGGUCGUCCAAAAUUAUCGUAGGAUAUCAGCAAAUUUAAGAAUAAUGAUCCCGUCAGGUCCUAUCCUUAAAAAAGUCGAUGGCAUCAAGUUAUUAACAAACAAGUAUCAAGAAAUAGACGUACAUCAACCAAUCAAUGAAGAAGAGAUCGUAUUAAAGAAGAUCUUCACCUACAUUUUGUACCCUAUCGUGUAUAAUCCGACUAGAAUUACAAGACACUUAUUUAAACAAAUUAUACACUAUUUCCCCAAUGGGGUGGUAGCCAUUUACAGUGUAUUCACAGCCAUUUACAGUUUGGAUGUCAUUAUUAUUUCUGAAAAAAAUGAUAAUGACAUCGAUGUCUUGAGUGGCGCCUUUGCAUCCGUUCGUUAUGCUACAGAAAGGCAAAUAUUACGAUGGUGCUUUAAAUUUUUGCCUGUAUCUUUAAAGCAACAUUUAUUGAAACAUUUAUUGUCUUUUGCGGCAUAUAUUUCUGCAAGUGGAAUUUACAAAAUCAAGCUGCCUAUCAUUCGCAUGAUGGGCAUGAAUUGUCAGGUUUCAAUUCUGAAUCUUAUAGAUAAAAACGUAUACUCUUCCCAAGAAAUCUACAGCUUUAAAUAUCCGAAAACGAUAAAGCAGAUCAAAGAAGGAGGUAUACAAGAUUUGAUGGCUGGACUCUUGUUACUUGAGAAUUUGCUACUUGACAUUGAAGAUAUAUACAACGACUGUACAAACGACACCACGGACAAAAUAGACAAUAUCCGAAAUGAGCGUGUCCAUUACAAGCCAAAAUCAGUAGUGGAUGAAUAUAUUUCUGCUGUCACGUGGAAUGAAGAUGAUAACAAUAGCAGCAAUAACAUUGGAAGUGAGUCCGAAGAGGAAGAAUGAACGCACUAAUUUCUAUUUGCUUGAGUGGUAAAACACACAUAAUAUAUAACUACAAAAACUACAUAUUUAAUAACGGCUACAGCCAAUAAUAAAUAUACACAAUUGCAUAAUAAAAUACUCAUAAUACUAUUUCAGAUAAGGAUA